AUCUGAUCGCAGCAGCCCAGUUGACAGCCGAAGCUUCUAGGCGCUGCGCAGCCAGACCUCGAUGGGGAUCUUGAGGAACGCGGCGUUCAGGAAGUCCCUGAAGUACCUCGCGAUGGUCUGGGACGCCGCCGGCUUCAUCUCCUUGAUGAUCUCGUCGGCGUUCUGGUUCAGGAACUGGUUCAUGGCCUCACCUGCGGACAGAGCGGCCGAGGCAGGUGAUGGAGUAGUUGCUGGCGCCCCGGAUCGUCAUGUUGUUGAACGCCGCCCGAACGCGCACGGCCCCGUUCCCGUUCUCCAUCAUCAGAAGCGGGAUCACCAGCGGCUCCAUCGGAGGCACCGACAGCUCGGGGAUGCCUGGGGAAAAACAGCGCCCUUCAUGCAGGUUUGCUACAAGGCUGACCCGGAGUUCGUCAGGUGCUCGACAGAGGCCGUCCAGAUGAUCAUGGAUAGCAUCAAGAACGGUCUUCCGGCGUUAGGGAUUGAACCUCUGGACCCUUUCAACAUCCCGGAGAUCAAAAUUCUUCAGGGAGGUGAUGGCCCGGUCGCUCUGAACGCUUCCUUGGUGAACGUGACCGUGAGAGGGCUCACCAGCACGAAGAUCCUUUCCAACAAAGUGAACUUCGAAACCUACGCGUUUUCGACGCAGAUGAAGAUCCCGCGGCUCAGGAUAGACGCCGUCUACACCCUCAAGGGCAGGAUCCUAGUUCUGCCGAUCGUAGGCCACGGCGACGCGUGGCUGGAACCCGAGGACCUGGACAUCAUGUCGGAGGUCGACCUGACCCUUAGGAGCGAGGACGGCAUCACGUUCUUCAAGGUGCAGGACGUGCAAGUGAACUUCACGAUCGGGAAACUCCGACUGAGGCUCAAGAAUUUGUACAAUGGGUUGAAGGCACUGGAGGACAGCACCAAUGAGUACAUCAACAGCAACUGGCGGUCCAUCGCGGGCUCCCUGAAGCCCAUCCUCUCGAGAACCAUAGCCGAUCUCGUGGGUGACGUCCUGACGAAGCUGUUUGACGGUGUGCCCGCCAAGUACUUCAUCGGCGACCUGAGCUAGUGACCGCAGGGCCCAGUUUCGCUUGAGUCUGAACGAGAACAAUGUUUUUCUUUUUGGUAAUUUAAUCUCUGAGUCUGAACACCGCACGAUUUGACUUGUCUCUUCGAAUUACGACUCGCCGUUCGCACGUGGUUUUGUGUGGUUACUUCAGAAUUUGUUCUGUACCUUCAAGUGUAUCAGUGAUUAAGCUUUUAGAUUUUUUGUCUUCCGGGUUAUGACAUCUUGUAGUUGGUCACUAGCGUUUUAGAGGAACAUGUUGCCUGUGUGUUCAGGGUAGAAAUGUGGAGGACUUGGAAGUAAAACUAUGUCGUAGUUGGGGAUAAUCGAACUGAAGAGGGCCGUGUGACUGCAGGGCGAAGCAGCAGAGUUUUCUUGGGCGAUGAGAAUGGGUGACAGGAACGCAGGAAAGCCUCAAGAAACAGCCCAUCAUCUUGAUACCUUGAUGAUGGAGGCGGUAAGAACCCCUGCGAACGUCUUCUAAGUUUUUUCCAGAAGAGAGACAUCUCCGUCUCACUCCCUUUUAAGUCCAAAUAUCCCCGUCAACACUCUGUUCUCAAAGACCUUCAAACUGACAGACCAGGUUUCGCACCCAUACAGCACAAAUUGCAAAAUUACAUUUUUUUUAACAAAUUUAAUUUUCUUAUUAGACGGGAGGACAGAAGAUUUUGGACUGAAUGAUUACCGGGAUCCAUGAAAGGUGGGGGAUUCGGUGGGCGACUGUCAGCUGCUCAAGACAGCCAAAACCAAGGAGGGGAGGGUGACUCAGCCAUUAAAGAAUUCAGAAACACUGGUCGACUUUAAUUUCAGUUCUUGAGGUAAGACAGAGGAAUUUGUACUGAGUUGGGCCUCUCCGUGGUGAUCGUGCGAGAAAGCGACGUAUUGAAGGCGAGAGAGAGAGAGAGAUUGCUGUGGCUACGGCGGGAGGAUCUGGUCCAGCGGGAACUUGUGGUAAAUGCUGUUGGAGAACUGCCGGAAGACAUCGCCGAUCUUGGCCUCGAGCAGCGGCUGCAGUUCCGUCGCCACGUUCUUCCAGUUCUCGUUCAGGAAAAGGUUCAUCGCCUCGCCUGCGGGCGGGACAGUGAACAGUCUCAUUUGUCACUACACCUAAGGCUUUAAACUGCAGUGGUAACUAUGUGUACCAUCUGCUGAAACAGUCAGUAAAUCUGCUUUACGUA